AUGACUUUGAAGCAAUCUGCCCUGGCCGCCCUGGCCGCUGCCGCUGGAGCCCAGGCUCAACUGUUCACCGUCAACUGUGCUCCCCUGACCCAGUUCCGAGGUGAUCCCAUCGUCUCUCCCGGCGAAAUCUCUUCCCACGUCCACGCCGUUGUUGGUGGCACCGCUUUCUCCCUCAGCACCACCCCCGCUCAGGCACGAGCUGCCUCUGCCACAACAUGUGACAAGAUCCUCGAUCAGAGCAACUACUGGCAGCCGCAGGUUUACCAUCAGCGAACUGAUGGCCAGUUUGAGCUUGUCACUUUCCAGGGCAGCGCCGCCUACUACAUCCAACGCGCCUGUGAUUACGCACCUGGAAGAACGAACUGCGAUCAGGCUCCGCUGCCUAUUGCCCCUCCUCAGGGCCUCAUCAUGCUGGUUGGAGAUCCAAACCGACGCACUUUCAAUGCCUCGAGCUUCGAAGACCAGGCCAUCUCGCACGUCUGCCUCGACGCCAACCCUGUGCCUGACUCCAACACCUUCCCCUCCAAGCAAUGCGAGCGCAUGCGUUCUGAGACAUUCUUCCCGUCUUGCUGGGACGGCGUCAACUUGGACAGCACCACCCACAAGUCUCACGUUGCUUUCCCGGCCAUUGGUGCCUACAACACGGGUGUCUGCCCCCAGUCCCACCCCAAGGCCAUUCUCUCGGUCUUCUACGAGUUCUUCUAUGACACUGGCUCAAUCCAGAACUACAACCGCCUUGUCUACGCCGACGGUGAUGCCACCGGCUACAGUCUCCACGCAGACUACCUCCAGGGCUGGAAGGACCAGAAUGCUCUCAACAACGCCAUCGCCACCUGCACUGGCCCCAACGGUGUCAACGACAAGGGAUGCAGCUUGAACGUCGGACCCAACGGCACUCCUGGUUCUUCUGGGCCCCAGAAGCUCCAGACCGCUGCUCCUACCGAGAACAUUGGACUUAACGGCCCAAUCGCUGCCCUUCCCGGCAACAACCCUAUCCACUAA